AUGAAAAGGUGUGCCCCGGCCGUACUGAAAACUUACAAUUAUAAGAAGGGUGUAUGGAGUACUGGCGUGCCCGAUCAUAUAAGAAGGCUGUUUCGAGAUAAAUCGACCUCACCUUUGUGCUCGCAGGAUGAGAAAAGUCUGGUCUCAUUCUUUAUGGCGCGGAGGACCAUUCCUCCGAAGUCAGCUAGUUUUGCGUUAACUAAGAGGGCAACAACGGCAAUAACAACAAGCUCUGCUACCACAACUUUUGAGCGACAGUAUCUUAUAAAGUACCUUUAUCGACAUCAAGCCUAUGGAAAUGUGAUAAAAAUUGCACAAAACUUCCUUUAUACUACUAUCGGCUCUCGAAGGCUGUUAAGGCAGGAUGUCUCACUGCCUGAAUUGAAAAGGGUUUUUCUCUCUUUAGUAAUUAUGCAAAGAGGUAUCCAGUUAGACCAAGCAAUGUUCGAUGUUAUAUCACAAUUCCUAUUGACGCAAAAGUCAAUGGUUGUAGCUUUGAUUAACUCGGUCUUUUCGAAGAUGAUUGCAAUGAAUAUGCAUGAGGAAGCAGUGUAUAAAUGGGCCAAGUGGAUGAAAUUGGUCAACGGCCAUUGUGAAUUUACAAACUAUAUGGAAAACAGAAUAAUUCUGAGGAACUUUCUAUCAUUUAUGAGGCAGUCAGGUGUUCGUCCCGAUUUUUUAUCUUACCUUAAAGCUAUCCAACUCACUCAGGGACCCGCAUUAGCUUCUCAAUUUGCAACUACGUUGAUGUUCCUAUUGACUUAUGUCAGAAGAUUUUCCUCGACAGAGGAUGUUUGGGAUUACAAAUGUGAACAUAAUCUACCAAUAACAGAUUCUGACCUGACGUGUAUUCUGAAGACAUACUGUCACAAGCAGAAGUUUUCUUUGGUUUCACAGACAUAUUAUAAAUAUCCUGACGCUCAACACGACCAAAACCAAUUUGAUUAUCUUUUAGUGGCCCAUUCUAAGCUGCAUGAUUGGGUUGCACUACAGCAGCAAUUCAAUGCUCUUUUCGGUAUUGGUAAGUUGCCUUCGAUACAACAUUACGGUAUUUUGAUGUAUACAAUGGCCAGAAUUGGUGAAUUGGACAGUGUCAAUAAACUAUAUACUCAACUUUUGAGAAGAGGAAUGAUACCGACGUACGUCGUUUUACAGUCUUUAUUAUACGCGCAUUAUAAAGUUGGGGAUUUUGCAGCCUGCUUUAGCCAUUUUGAACUAUUUAAGAAAUAUGACAUAGCCCCUUCAACCGCAACCCACACCAUAAUGCUCAAGGUAUAUCGCGGUUUGAAUGAUCUUGAUGGUGCCUUUAGAGUAUUGAAAAGACUAAGUGAGGAUUCUAGCGUUGAAAUUACGGAGGGUCAUUUCGCCUUACUAAUACAAAUGUGUUCCAAAUCCACAAACCAUUUGAUUGCUCAAGAAUUAUUCAAUCUUAUGGAGGACCACUAUAACAUUCAACACACUGGAAAAAGUGUCGCCGCAUUGAUGGACGUAUAUAUUGAGAGUGACAAGACAACAGAGGCGAUAGCAUUAUUUGAAAAACAUUCAAAAAGCUUAUCUUGGAGGGAUGGCUUAAUCUCGGUGUACAACAAAGCUAUCAAGGCAUAUAUUAGUUUACGGAAUACAAAUAAGUGCGAAGAGAUUUUUCACAAGAUUACAGAUUUAAAUCUAGCUCUUGACAGUGAAUUUUACCAAAUGAUGAUCAGAUUCUUAGUCGCAUUAAAUCAAGACUUUGAAACGGCAUUGAGUAUUAUAGAUCAAUUGAUAAAACAUCCUGUGAUUAAAGUGGACGCCACCCAUUUCGAGAUUAUAAUGGAAGAAUAUGAUAAAAUAGGUUAUCGCGAUGGUGUGAUCGAUUUGUACAGAUUGAUGUCACAAAAUAAAGUUGCGGCAAAUUCCAAAAUAUUAUAUUUUAUAUUAAAAGCCGUCGCUAAGAAGAGCUUGCAAAAUAAUGAAGACAUAAAGGAAAUGAUAAAAAUGGUAGAAGACAUUAUGAAUAAUGCUGCCAAUGGGACUCUUGAUGUUACAUUUAACAAGCUGCAUCCUUCGGUCAUGGCAUGGCCAAUGAGGAUGAUUGUUAAGCAUGAUAGCCCACAACGGGCUUUGGAAUUAUACAAUCGAUACAAUGAGCUUUUCUUCAAAAAGCAUGACUGGGUCCCUAACAAUAACAAAUUCGUAAUGAUGAGAUCAUUGUUGGUACUACUAGCCCAGAUUGAACAAUGGAAAGAUUUUGAAACAUUAUUCGCUAAAUACAUGGAUCGUAUUGAAAGCAUUGAAAAUUUACCAUCUUCCACAACACCAAAUACUAAAUUGAGAAGUUUGUUCAGGGGACUUUUCCCAUAUAAGGUUAAUCAGUUAGUUGCAAUGAACAAAAUCGAUGAAUUACCCUUAAUGUGGAAAAAAUUACAAGAAAAAGGCUUCAUCUUGGACAAUAUAUCGUGGAAUAGCGUUGUGGACGCCUUAUUUAAGGAUCCAAGGACCAUUUCAUAUGGCAUGAAGAUCGUUGACGAUACUUUAAUCCAUGGUUAUGACCUGAUCCAUAAAUUUAGACUAUUAAAGAAACUAUCUCAAGAUACGACACACUCGAGUGAUAAAUCUUGGCCAACAUUGGAAUUGAAAGAAAAAUACCCGCACAAAUUCCAACCUAGGUUAUACUUACAAAGUGACACAUACAGUAACGUAGUGAGACAGCUGGACAGCUAUCUGAAUGGUAUUGAUAAUCUGACAGCACUAGAAGAUCGGAUACGUGAUUUUAUAUCGAAUUACAGAUAUUUUAUGAAAGAUUAUUUAUUGAAACCGAGAGAUAAUAUCAAUAAAUGGGACCAAAUUGAAAUAAGGCAUUCCUCGUACUUCAAAGAACUAAGAAUAUCUAAAAGAAUACUGUCAGCCAGUAAGUUUUAG